AUGUUGAAACCGCUGGCUGGCCGUUUGGCACGGCGGCCAUGGAGAUUCCUCUUCCCUGGCCUCCUGAUCUUCUUCUUCAUAUACACCCUCUCGCAUCGGAGAGCAUCACAUCCGCAGGCGCCAGUUCACAAAGCGAAGACAAAGUCGUUUUUCCCGCCCCUCGAGACCAAAGCCGCCAAUUCCAUCGAGCUCGACUACUGCCAGAAUUUCCCUACAAAGCUACUCGAAGAGGUGCAGGUCGUCCUCAAGGUGGCCUCGGAUGGGGCACACGAGACCAAAGCACACCUCAGCACCGUGUCGAGCUGCAUCACGAACCUCAUCAUCGUGGGUGAUCGGGAAGAGCGAUUGGGCGACCGCCAUGUUAUCGACAUCCUCGCCGAACUCCCCAAGAGCUACCAAAAGGACAACGUGGACUUCCAAAUCUAUGUCGAGCACAAGAAGGCACACGAAGGCGGGGAGACGGUCAAGGAGCAGCAGCGGUCCUUCAAGCUCGACCGCUUCAAGUACCUGCCCAUGGUAGAUAAGGCAUACAUGACAAACCCCUCGGCAAAGUGGUUCGUCUUCAUUGAGUCGGACGUCUACUUCUUCUGGGACACCCUGUUCCGUCUGCUUAGCCAGCUCGACGCCUCGCAACCACACUAUCUCGGUGAACCGCACAAGGGCUCCGAGGGCCGCCAGUUUGCCUACGGUGGUGCAGGCUUUGUUCUCUCCCAGGGCCUCCUCAAGCAAUUGAUUCCAGCCAAGAGCCCAGGCUCGACCGACAUCCCGCGCGAGAACCGACUAGGCGUCAGGUACGAGCAGUGGGUCAAGGAGGAGCAGCGCGGCGACGCUGUCCUUUCCUAUGCCAUCCAAAACGCCACUGGACACAAGCUCGAGGCUAUGUAUCCGACAUUCGCAAGCGAUAAGCCCAAAGAUGUCACUACCACACGUGACAAGUGGUGCGUCCCGAUGCUCUCGCUGCAUCAGCUCAAGCCCCAGCAGAUGGAAGACUUGUGGAGAUGGGAGAGGACACGACCAUACAAUACUAAACCAUUCACCUACUCCUCGUUUCUCUCCUACACGCACAACUUCCUGUCACAGGGUCCCUCAAAGGAGUGGUGGGACAACCUCUCGCAAGCGCCCGUCCCCAACGACCGCCCCGCACACCGCAAUGCCGGCUCGUGCGGAUCAGAAUGUGCUAAUGAUGGCAACUGCCUGCAAUGGUCUUACUCUCAAACUGUGUGCCGCCAUGCCGACUACAUCAGGCUUGGGGAUGCUGUAGACAGGGAGAACGGCGGCCAAGGAGAGUUUGUUAGUGGUUGGGAUACCGGAAAACUACGCAACAUGGGCUUCGGUGUUGAGAGCGAAAACGGCCAGAGACAGUUCUACGAGGGCUGCAUCGAAGCCACAUGGCUGACCCCGCAGCAAGUGUAG